AAAAAAAAAAGAGAGAGAGAGAAGAGUAAAAAAACAUAGACUAUUGUUUUAAUAAGUCAAAUGUAAUCCGCGUCAUGACAACAUGAAGCUACACUCAAAGAAUUAUCACCUAAAUUAAGGUCUUGGCUUUAUUUAUUUACAAGGAAUAUAAAAUUUAGUUCAAUGCUGAACACCUUAAAAUGGGUGGACGUUUUAUAAGACUUUUGGUUAUUUCUGCACUUUUUCUAACUUUUGCUGCAAAUCUAAUUUUUGUAAUGCAAACGAGAGAAUGCGCAAAAGAUACUCAGAUUUUUCCUUGGAUGAAGAGUAAUUUGGAAAUAGAAGUUUCUAAGCAAGAAAGAUAUAUCAACGUAGCAUCAAGACAGGAAAACAACACAGAUGUAGAUAGCCUGGUACUAGAGAAUUCUCUGCACAGAGUCGUGCCAAACAAAGAAAAUCCUGUUCUUAACAUAGAAGUUUAUUCCAGCAGGUUGAAUGUGUCUGUUACAGUCAACAAUAAAACCAUUUUCAGUGCCAAUCACGUUAACUACAUCGGCCUCAAUGUUGUCGUCCUUAAUCAAAAGACUGGCGCCAAAAUGGCUUCUCGAAACUUCAACACAUUUGUCAGUAAACAAGAUUCUGAGGAUUUAGUGAAAUUUGUAGAGGAUAUUACAGUAGGAAGAAUUUUAUGUUUCAUUGUCAAGUUUUACAAAUUUAAGGACGAAGCAUCGUAUAAUCUUCAGAACGAUACUCGUAAAUAUUUUACCAAGCUAGGAAGUCGUUUUAUAAAUCGCUUGCGAUGGAGAGACAUGUGGGCUAUGGUGAUCCAGAAAAAGCUGUCAGGUGCUCGGGUACUAGCGGAAUCCUUCCAAAUAUCUGACAAGAAGCCGUUCACUUGGGCAAGUCCUAUAGAUCUGGUGACAACAUUUAUAUCAGAAGAGGACAGUGUUCAUUGUGACUGGGGAAACAGUGAAACGAGUCGACGAAGGCGCAAGUUCUGUAGUCUGUAUGAAGGAUAUCAUGGGGUUUGCUUAUGUGAUAACCCACAGGACAUUAACAUGGACCCACCAGCAUUUCCAGAUGGAAGCAGGCUACACCUUCCAGUUGCUGUCAUGGUUGGUAAUAGACCCCACUAUUUCUUCCGUAUGCUGAAAUCUCUACGGAAGGUGAUUGGUUUAGAUGCAUCCAUGGUAACAGUAUAUAUCGAUGGGUUAGUAUAUCACCAAUCAGUUGCUGUGGCUGAGUUGUUCGGAUUAAAGGUUGUUCAACAUGAGCCCGUCAGUAGGCUGAAUGGCAGAAUAGCUCAGCAUUACAAGAGAAGCUUAUCUACAUCAUUUGACAACAAUCCAGAAGCACAGUAUCUGAUUAUUCUAGAAGAAGAUCUCGAAAUAUCGGUGGACAUCUUAAGCUUUUUCCAACAGCUCCUUCCUGUUCUGGAGAAAGACGAGAGUUUGUUUUGUAUAUCAGCUUGGAAUGAUCAGGGCUACGACCAUGCAGCUAAUGACCCAAGCAUGUUGUACAGAAUAGAGACCAUGCCAGGCCUCGGAUGGGUUUUGAGUCGCAAAAUCUACAAGGGCGAACUUGAGAAAAAAUGGCCCGGACCUCAACACCUGUUUGACUGGGACAUGUGGACAAGGAUGGAUCAACAGAUUAAAGGCCGUGAAUGUAUAAUCCCAGAUAUUUCAAGGACUUAUCAUUUUGGCGCAAAAGGACUGAACGUUGGUCCAGGUUUUCAAAUUGAUUAUUUUCAAAAGCAUGCUUUUAACAAAAAAGCUAACGUCAAGCUCAAUGCUGACCUCAUGUUCAAAGAAAGUUAUGAAAAAGAAAUACAUAGACUCAUAAGUGCCGCCACACUGCUGGACCACAAGAAAACUCCGUGUUCAGAUCUCAAGAACUUUGUCCCAAACACUAAAGGCAAGACCUACUUGUUUUAUAUUACAAUGAAACACAAGCGAGACUAUCAAACGUGGACCAAUGUUGCUCGAUGCUUCAGAAUAUGGGAUCUUGAUGCAAGAGGAUUUCACAACAGCAUGUUCAGGUUGUGGUAUAAAAAGAAUCAUAUCAUUGUGGUUGGAUGUCCUGCUUCUAAGUAUUGCUCCUUUAAACCAGAUAAUAUUGCACCUAUUGACAUGCCAAAAACCGAGAAAAGACCCAAAGAAGAAGAUGUCUAGCUAACUUUUACGCUGAAAAAUUACGUAAAGAAGACCAUAGCAAAUAUAUAAACGAUAUCAGUUUACUUUUUCAUGCGUUACCCUAGGAGGAAGCGGAGUAAACUUUAAAUUCGUUGAAAGAUGGUUCAACCCCAUAUAUUUGAUUACUGUCGGGGGAAAAAAAGAUGCGAUGUUACAUGCUCAAGGAAAAUAUAUCUGGUUAAUCUCUGAUAUAACGUAUACUUUAAGAAAAAUUGUUUGGUAGCAAAUGUCAACUAUGUUAAUGAUUUGGAGCCAGUGAAAUUUAAUAUACCGGGGAAAAUAUGUAAUGGUCGAAAAAACUUUUCCGAAAGAAGGUUGUCCUUGCAGUAGGCCAGUCACGCUCUUUGGUUGUCAAGAAAGGUCAAGUUAGCUUGCCCACCACGUGCUUGUUGCUAUGGGGAAAAUUGACACGUGACAAACGAGAUUUAUCUACAAUGUCAACACUGUUUUAUGCGUUUCACGAGACUGGCGGACAGGGUCUAGUUAAGUCAAAGUAUGUCUCAUGUUAUUGGAAAUUGUCGGGACCCAAGCGAUCAACGACUGCCUGUUGACAAUGAAUUUAUGGGUUUCUCAUACGUUAAGCAACAAAGUGACACCCAAAGAAUGACACGUAAAAUGGGUAAACAUUACGCCCAGCAGGCUAUAUCAGGAAAAAGGCAAUGUCCACAAGUUGAUUUUUAAAAAACAUUUUUUUCGUACUUUGAUAAUUCCCACUUUCCACGUUUUGAACUUUUUUUUGACCCAGGUAAUUUACUAACGGAUUUGUUUAGUUUUUCAAAGGAGUAAAAAUUGAAGAAUAAUUAAACCUGACAUCUAAACCUAGCUGUCCGUAUAGGUAGUGUCAGUAAAACGUAUAUAAAUACAUUCAUUCCUUAUAACUCAAUUGCCAUAGGUUUUAUGAUUAAACCCUUAAUUAUAUGCAAUUCAAAAUCACAGGUAUGAUUUGCAGGUCUUUUUUGAGGUCAUUGAAGAGGCAUCCACUCCGUUUUGGUCCAUAAACCCCAAACGCUAGAAAAAUAUUUUUUUCUUCAUAUUGCCAUUACGCAAAUGAACGGUUAAAAAUGCUAAUCGAAUAUGCAAAUAAUCAGUUGUUUUUCUUAAAAAAAAUAUUUCUUGUUACUUAAAAUUGUCAACAAUAUGCUAGAAAGACAUAAAUAGAUAGACAUCGUCUUGGCAACUUUUUCAUUCUCUUAAGAACCCAGAACUGUUUCGUGACAGCGGCUUCAACCUUUCUAACUCACUGAUUGCAUUGAUAAAUCCACAAGUCAUUUUAGGAUGGUUCGGUGUCACCCUAUCACUCACUUACUAGCUCGAGGUAACAAUGUACUGGAAAUUCCUAUUUCUAAUUUAUGAUCACGUGUCGUUCCCUCGGCUCAUUUCUUUGGAUAACGGUUCUAGUAAAAAGACAGAACUCAGACAAAUACUUAUUCUCAAGAUAAUAACAUUAUACCAAAGUUAAAGAAGCGGUAUAUUCAUAAAGUAAUUGAAAAUUGCUCAUGUGUUUACAUUAUCGGAUUAAUGAAUAAA